CCCUCCGCCCCUCCGCACAUUGUCAUCAUUUAAAAGCCAAACGAGGCGGCUCGCUGCUGCAAAACAUGCGGGAUGAGCCUGCGGGGGUGACACGCACUCCGACGCCGCCGUCCACCGAAGAGGAGCCCGCAGCCCGCAGCAGCUCCGGCCUCCGACCGAGCGCCGCUGCCCGGUGCAGCGGCGAGGCUUCCGUUCGACUCGGGCCGCCCGUGACCUUCAGCUCGGCCGGGAAAGAGUCGGCGGCCUCUUCCUCGCCCUUCGAGCCGGCAGAGGAGGACGCCGCUGCCGCCGACUUCCGUGAAUCCGCUCCGCGCCGUCCCAAUGGAUCCCCCCGUGGCCCACCGCGUCAACAGCGGCAAUGACAACAUGUUGUCCGGGGGUCUGGGCGCCGCCUUCCCGGAGAUGCCGAGCACCGGCGUCGGCGGCAGCGGCGGCUCGUCCUCGCCGUCCCUCCCGGGCUUCGGCACGCCUUGGUCGGUGCAGACGUGCAGCUCGUCGCCCCCUCCCGGCCCCCCGGCUGCACCUGCGCCCUGCAACCCCGCCGCGGACUUCUACGCGGGGAUGCCGGCCUCCUCCUGCGUCAGCCCGGCCUUCUUCCAAGGCUUCGGCGGGGCCUUCUCGCCGCAGAUCCGCAGGUCGCCCAUCAGCCCGCAGAUGCUCCACCUGCAGCAGCAGCAGAGGAGCAACUGCAACCAACAGCAGCACGCGAUGAAGCCGUCACCCUGGGGCGCUCACCACGGCAACGGCUGGAGCUCGGGAGGCGCGUCCUGGGGCCGGGAGCACCGCAAGGGGGCGGGCGCCUCGUCGCCCCUCAAGAAGCCUUUCCAGGGCGGCGUCAUCGGACCGCCCAAGUUCCCGCGCUCGGCCGCCGCCUCGCCGGGGCCCAAGUCGUGGGCGGAGGACAACGUGUUCCGCGCCGACGGCAACAGCAACGCCGUGGCGUCCCCGCAGGACCGCUCGAGGAUGUACGAGAGUCUCAACAUGCAUUCGCUGGAGAGCUCUCUGAUUGACAUCAUGCGAGCCGAGCAGGAUCCCAUGAAAGGCCGUUUUGGAUGCCUGAACCCGGCCGCAGACGGGCUCCUCAUGCUCAACGCCAGGAGCUAUGGGAGACGUCGAGGGCGCUCUUCUCUUUUCCCCAUCGAUGACAAUCUCUUGGAUGACGGCCACGGCAACCCGGGGGUCCCGGGCUCGGCCGGCUGCUUCGCGCAUCAGAACGGCGAGCGCGCGGAGCGCUUCUCGCGCAAGGUGUUUGUGGGCGGGCUGCCACCUGACAUCGAUGAAGAUGAAAUAACCUCCAGCUUCCGCCGCUUCGGUCACCUGGUGGUGGACUGGCCGCACAAAGCCGAGAGCAAGUCCUACUUUCCACCCAAAGGAUACGCCUUCCUGCUGUUCCAGGACGAGACGUCCGUGCAGGCCCUGAUUGAAGCCUGCAUGGAGGAGGACGGGAAGCUCUACCUGUGCGUCUCCAGCCCCACCAUCAAGGACAAACCCGUGCAAAUCCGCCCGUGGAAUCUGAGCGACAGCGACUUUGUGAUGGACGGAUCUCAGCCCCUGGACCCCCGCAAGACCAUCUUUGUGGGAGGCGUCCCUCGUCCCCUGAGAGCGAUCGAGCUGGCCACGAUCAUGGACCGCCUCUACGGCGGCGUCUGCUACGCCGGGAUCGACACCGACCCGGAGCUCAAGUACCCCAAGGGGGCGGGGCGGGUGGCCUUCUCCAAUCAGCAGAGCUACAUCGCCGCCAUCAGCGCCCGAUUUGUGCAGCUGCAGCACGGCGACAUCGACAAGCGGGUGGAGGUGAAGCCGUACGUGCUGGACGACCAGCUGUGCGACGAGUGCCAGGGCGCCCGCUGCGGCGGCAAGUUUGCGCCCUUCUUCUGCGCCAACGUCACCUGCCUGCAGUACUAUUGCGAGUUCUGCUGGGCCAACAUCCACUCGCGCGCCGGCCGCGAGUUCCACAAGCCCCUGGUGAAGGAGGGCGCCGACCGCCCGCGCCAGAUCCACUUCCGCUGGAACUAGAAGCUGUCAGUAUAACUCACCCACGCUCAUAACGCCAAACCAGGGCUGUCCAACCCACGGCCCGGGUGGCAUUUGUGGCUCACCGUCCGUUUUUAAUCAGCCUGCAUCAUUUACUUGAAUUCGCACCCGACCGGACAGAAAAGCCGUUAAUAAAGAAAGAUUUUAAUAGGCGUAAAUGAAUCCGCACGCAAACCUUCCUUCUCGGCUGAUCGGUUGCUUUUGCACCGAAGCAUUACCGCGAUCCAGUUUGACUCUUAACGUCCAGAUGUAUUUCAUUUAAGACAAUUCCGGACAAUUUCAAUCUUGAGGCGACAUAAUGAGCGGCACGGCUCCGAGGCGGAGUUUCACGACACUUCUCGGACGUUUUUCAACACUUUAAAUUGGCUGAUAAUGCAUAAAAAUAGCAGGCGAUGUUGGGACACGUCAAUAGUAUGUUUGUGAAAAACAAUACAUUUUGACCAUAUUUGGAUAUAAAAGUUUUCCGGCCGGCGGCGGCGAUCUAUUCAACAAUUUAUAAUUCUUUGGCAUAUUUUGACCUGCACUGAUGGAUUGGUUUGAACGUGUUCAAAGUUGAAGGACGUCAAAGUCUCCCUUGCAUCCUUCACAUUUUCUGUAUGCGGCCGUUGGCAGAAGAAGUUUGCACACCCCCUGCACCACACGCAUCGCCGAUCACUCAAGAAAGCGGCCGGAUUUUGUAGCAGCCACGAGCAUCGUUUCUUCUCCAUCUCACAUCUCAGGCUCUUGUUUUUUGUUUUUUUUUGUGGUACUUUCAUCUUUUCUUCGAGGAAAACAAGAAAUGGUGUUCUAUAAAAAAACAUUUGGGGGGGAAAUUAUUGUUUUUGCGUGUUAGACGAAAAGAAGAAGAUAUGGGAAUGUUUGCGCUCGGGCCCGCUGAGGACACGAACCAAAGGUAGCGAACCGUCGCGGGGUGCAGAACUGCCGACGCGCGCUUUUAGGACGCAAGACUACUGACCGUUAACCUCCUUUCGCAAACGAGAUCCUGCAAAUCUGCAGAAUCGGAGUCGUCACGUGAGAAUUUAUCCGCAUUUGCCUUUCGCACAGAGUUGAGAUGGGCACGAAAUUUCCGGCUCCGCUUGGCCCACCUCCGGUUUCCGCGUCAGUGCCGUUUUUACAAAACAGUGACCAAAAAAAAAAAAAAAAAAAAAAAGGCGAAACAAGUGAUUGAUGAUUUUCCACGGAACGAUACCUCAGAAUCGGAUCACUGCUCACUGUAUUCAACAUUUAUACGCAACAAGCUAUCUUAGGAAUCCUCGCUGCUAUUAAGAAAGUAACAUAUAUACGAGUCAUUGUGUAGGACAAAUACUUGAUGCUUUUUAACCCUCCUGUCAUAUAUAUUAUAAAUCCGAUUUUAAAAAAAUGUUUGAAGUAGUUUCUGCGAGUUAAUAAUGAGAUAAAUAGCUCUGGGGGGGGGGGAAUAAGGCCUAAAAAGAAUGGUCGUUUUAGGGGUGACCAUUUUUUUCUUUUCUGCAAAUAAAUGCGCCAAACGGCAAUAUUUGUAUUUGGAAUUUGGGAGUUAUGUUGCCAGUAGUUCGUCGAAUCAAACAAAAAUGUUGAUUUGACACAAAUUUUCACAGUGGAACCUCAAUUUCCGUGAUUAAUCCAUUCCGGAAAGUCCGACUAAAACUGAAUCGUAUGAAAGCCAAAGCAAUGUUUCCCGUAGGAAAUAAUGGAAAUCAAUUAACCUGUUCCAGACACCCAAAAAUAUAUAUUUUUUUAUAGAGAACUAUAGCUUUACGUACAAAAUCAGUGUGAAAUAAAUAGAAACAACUAAUGAAGUGGAUAAAUGAACAUUAUUUCUGAAAUUUUAAUUGUUUUUCACCUUCUGUAUGAAAUCGCCGACACUGAAAUUUCGGUUGUAUUGCGUAAAAAGGAAGGGUUCGACAGAAGCCGUAUUCCAAAGUGCAAGCUUUUAUUAACAACUCCAGUCAAUAACAAGCCUCCCGGUGUGCUCGACAACACUCGGACAAGUUGGGGCAGCAUCGGCGUAACAUCCUGUCAAAAGUCAGGCCUUCAAAUUAAAAGCACAAACAGUUUCACCACACUUUCUUUGGCCUAUUUAGUAGUCAAUUUUAUGCUUGGCUAUGUAAUGCGACCGUUAAAAAGGUCGCCGUGCAAAAACUAGGGCAAACUGAGGUUCCACUGCACUACUUAUAAAUAGCAAAAUAAGAGCAAGUGAUCAUUAUUGCGAGGCUUUACUA